GAACUGGACGAUAUUUCAGAUUCCGAGUCGUUCUCGGACUCCAACGUGGAUGCCUUGUCGCCACAGAGCAGGCGUCCAGCGGACAACGCCUUCAGACAGCAACGUCUAAAGGCUUAUCAUCCUAUCAUUACACCAAAGACCGUUGUGCCGGUUUUGCUCUUGCUUGCGGUCAUUUUCAUCCCGUUGGGUGCCGCCAUGUUGCUCGCCUCUUCCCGUAUCGAGGAUUUGACCAUCGAGUACACCCAAUGCGAGGUGUCUGCUCCGACCGGUGUUUUUGGCGAAAUUCCGGCGGAAUACUACACCUUUAACUUCAACACACCCUCCACGGUCAAGCCGCAGUGGAUGUAUACGGUUGACCCGAAUGAGUCCGAUCCGGCCGAAGCUGGCCAGUGCCACGUGCAGUUUGAGAUUCCUCAGAACAUUAAGCCGCCGAUCUACUACUUCUACCGCUUGAAGGACUUUUACGCAAACCACCGUCGGUUUGUCAAGUCGUUCAGCGAGGACCAGUUGAACGGGAAAGACGCGUCGGAAAACACCAUCAAGAACACCAUCGGCCAGAACUGUCAGCCAUUAUCGACAGACGAAAACGGCACCAAAAUCUAUCCGUGCGGGCUCAUUGCCAAUUCACUCUUCAACGACACGUUCACUCCGUUGCAAGCGGUCAACGGAAGCGGGACUGACUACCUGAUGACCAACAAGGGCAUUUCCUGGAGCAAAGACAAGGACCGGUUUAAGAAAACGGUGUACAACGCGUCGCAGAUUGUUCCGCCGCCAAACUGGGUGAAGCGCUUCCCUCAGGGUUAUAAUGAUACCAACAUUCCGGACAUUUCCGAGUGGCCGGAAUUCCAGAACUGGAUGCAUCCUGCGGGUUUGCCCGACUUUUCCAAGAUUAUCUUGCGCAAUGACGGUGAUGUCUUGCAAAAAGGGGUUUAUGAGACAGUGGUCGGCUUGCACUGGCCUGUCAGAGGCUUCAGUGGCCACAAGUAUAUCUAUAUCAGCACGCGCUCGGUGAUUGGGGGGCGGAAUCCGUUCUUGGGCAUCAGCUGGGUCGUCGUCGGCGGUCUCUGUUUGGUGUUGAGCUUGGCCUUCAUGAUUGUGUCAUUGUUGAAGCCGCGGAAGGUGGGUGACUCCAGCUUGCUCAGCUGGAAUAAGGAGAAGGUUAAUUAGCGUUUUUGUCUACUACAUUGUAUUUUAUUGUGUUUGUAAGAGAAGAUUAGUUGCACCUAGGAAGGAGUUGACUGGUUUCUUUCUGCUUAAGAUGGAUUGUAAGGGGUGC